UUACAUACGUACGGCCUUGACAGUUAGGACCACCAGAGUAUCACGCCACACUCCCCUAUACACAUUCCUUGUAUGAUAGUAUUUUGUGGAAUUUCCGUCGCAACAAGAAAAUACCCGGCGGCCUGCGUGAUCAUUCGUGUGUGUGUGUUAGAUUUGCCAAUAUGGAGUGGCAUGGACCUUCACUGUCUUCAGGGCUGCCCACAUAUGGUUUUCGUUUGUGGCUUCAUAGAAAAUUCACAUCUUUACCACUUGAGGAGUCGCCAUUCGUAAGGCAGCUGCACUUGUAAAUAGGCAAUUGCGGCGAGGAUUUGGUGCGUUUCAUGGCCCGAGGCGAUAUGGAUGAAGCUCUACAUUUAUUGUAAUGCUAAUGAACUUAUGAAAUAUAACAGCAGCACCACUAUAUAGAGGAAGGCAAAUAACGCAUAUCCUCAUAUACGACAGUUUACAUCAUGGCAGAUCAAUAGUUUUCGACCAAAUUAAUACGUGGAUUUAGUGUGGACUUGAUAAGGAACAUCACCUUCAGGAACUCGAAGCAGACAUGCAGCGGCAUCCCCAUCAUAGCAGCCAAUAUGGACACCGUGGGGACCUUCAUGAUGGCCAAAGAACUUGCUAAGCACAAAUGCUUCACUGCCAUCCAUAAGCACUACACGUUUGAGCAGUGGGUGGACUUUGGAAACAACAACAAGGAUGUGCUUGGCUUUGUGGCAGCAUCCUCAGGCACAUCAGAUUCUGAUUGGGACAAACUGCAGAAAGUUCUAGGACAGUUUCCUGAGAUCAAGUUCAUUUGUCUGGAUGUUGCCAAUGGUUACUCUGAAGUGUUUGUUGAGUAUGUGAGAAAGGUUCGGAAGAACUUCCCAGACCACACCAUCCUUGCCGGCAAUGUGGUGACAGGGGAAAUGGUAGAAGAGCUGAUCCUGUCUGGGGCAGACAUCAUCAAGGUGGGGAUUGGGCCAGGCUCAGUGUGCACCACCAGGAAGAAGGCUGGUGUAGGAUACCCUCAGCUUUCGGCUGUGCUGGAGUGUGCUGAUGCUGCUCAUGGCCUGGCUGGUCACAUCAUCUCGGAUGGUGGCUGCACCUGCCCUGGUGAUAUUGCCAAGGCUUUUGGAGCAGGAGCUGACUUUGUAAUGAUGGGAGGAAUGCUUGCUGGCCACGAUCAGUCUGGGGGAGAAGUAAUAGAACGUGAUGGAAAGAAGUUCAAGCAGUUCUAUGGAAUGUCGAGUGCCACUGCCAUGCAGAAGUAUUCUGGAGGAGUAGCUGAAUAUAGGGCAAGUGAGGGAAAGUCAGUGGAGAUACCAUAUAAGGGAGACGUGAAUGAUACUAUCUUGGACAUCCUGGGAGGACUACGGUCUGCCUGUACAUACACUGGUGCUGCCAAACUCAAAGAACUGCCAAAACGCACAACCUUCAUCCGAGUGACCCAGCAAACAAACGAAAUCUUUGCUGCCCAUCACGCUAACAAGCAGUCAUGAUUCCUGAUUAGGUAUUUUGCGCUAAGAUUGGCUUAUCUUAUUUAUAUGGUUUGAUUUAUUUUGAGGUAAGGCUCUCCAACUGUUGUCCCUUUGAUCAUUUCCUGUGUCUUUCAUGACUGUUUUGAUUAUUUGGUAACAGUUUUGCAAAUCCACCUAUCUAUGGACAUAAACAAAUUGAGACCUAUCUGCUGUGGAUGUCCCUCUGAAAGAGUUCCAAGAAGUGGACAUCAUAGUACAGGUGGAAUGAACAUACUAUACACUUUACCAGCUUAACUAUAACAGAUCACAGGUGGCAAUCAUCCAGUGCUUUGACUUCUACUCAGUUAAUCAUUUGUAAAGAGAAUAGUAUUAAGCACACAUAUGAAGAUUAUGUUACAUGUGUGGUUAAGUUAUGCAAUGUUUCUUGAGUGGUAUACUAAUAAGGAGGAUGGAAGAAUGUGUUUGUAAUACAUACCAUUGGUUGUUGUUGUUUUUUUAUAUAUAUAUAUAGUUUUAUUCCCCUUUCUCUCUCUCUCUCUCUCUCUCUCUCUCUCUCUCUCUCUCUCUCUCUCUCUCUCUCUCUCUCUCUCUCUCUCUCUCUCUCUCUCUCUCUCUCUCUCUCUCUCUCUCUCUCUCUCUCUCUUGAAAUGUUCUUGUGCCAUGCUCCCCUCAAGAAAGAAAACAGCUCAGUAAAAGAGUUAACAAAAAAGAACACAUGAAAUACUGCACAUUGCAGUUAUCAUCAUAUAUAUGUAGCAUUGAAAGAAAAAGAGAGUUGUGCUAAUUUGUGAGAUUGAAAUUAUUGGUGAUGGCAAGUUUUUAAGGGUUUGUGUCUUUAUUAGCUGUUGAAGUUCUUCACUAGUGUUUACAGUGCUAUGUGUCAUGACAAAGAUUUUUUAUAUAACCACCAAAAGAAAUUAUAAAAACAUGUAUUCAUUGCAAGAUGUAUUACAUAUGAUUGGAUAUUCACAUAAGUGCCCUGAGAUUUAUUAUGAUUGCAUGAUUGCAUUUACAAUCAUGAUUUUGUUGGUAGAAUAGUAUGUACCAUGAUUCUGCACAAUUAGUGGGGAGAAAAACAAUCAUGAGAGCUGGAAAAUUAAUUUCAAUGUCUUUUGAUAAUAAUUGUUAUUUCAAGUCCAAGUGUUUUGAUAGUUACAGGAAUUGUGUUGCAUCAAAAUAAUGAAUGAAGGAUGUAUAUAUACAGACUAGAGUUGCC